AUGAUUCAAAUUCUUCGAAACGUACCCAAAACGCCAUUAAAACAUUUCAGCCGUUGCAUUCGGCCGAUUGUCGUUAAGGUUAACAAUGUGGAGUAUAGAGCGUAUGCUGCAUCAGCAUCUGCAUUUGCAUCUCAAACCAGCUAUACCGGAAUCAACAAAAACGGCCGUCAGCUAUUAGUAAAUCAAUGUUACGGCAUGACACUGCCUGUGGGAUUUAGAAAUUUCUGCAGUAAAAAUGAUUCCAAUUCUGCUGAUUCAGUUGACUCUGCAAACGAAUCUAUUAAUUAUGCAAACCAGCUUCCUGCCACUGUUGCGAUACCAGAAGUAUGGCCACACUUGCCUGUUAUUGCUACAAAGCGUAACCCUGUGUUUCCAAGGUUUAUGAAGAUUUUAGAGGUUACAAACCCAAUGUUAAUCGACCUUAUCAGAAGAAAAGUGAAACUGAAUCAGCCAUACGUUGGUAUUUUCCUGAAGAGGGACGAUGAUAACCCUAACGAGGUAAUGGAAACAUCCAAAGAGGUUUACAACAUAGGAACAUUUGCACAAAUUCAAGAAAUGCAAGAUCUUGGCGACCGUUUACGAUUGGUCGUGACAGCCCAUCGACGGAUUAAAAUUGUUGGGCAACUAUAUGAAGAUCUUGAAACCCGAACUGUUAGUAAAGAAAUGACCAUAAAAUAUCCAUUCUUUAAAACGCAAAUUGACGUCACGCUAGAUGAACCAGAUGCAGAAAAGCGUCGACGAAAACAUAAAUUACGGAAAAAGCAGGUUCGUAACGCCAACAAUGAUCAUUCGACUGAUGGAGAAGUGUUGGAGGAGAUUCCAAAGCGAAGGUUGUUGAAUGAUGGUGAGCAGCAACCGCUGCUUAUGGUAGAAGUAGAGAACGUAAAACAUGAAAACUUUAAAAAUACGGAAGAGGUUAAAGCUCUAACUCAGGAAGUGAUAAAAACUAUUCGGGAUAUUAUCACUAUGAAUCCAUUAUAUCGAGAGAGCCUACAACAAAUGUUGCAUCAACAAAAUCAAAGAGUUUUAGACAAUCCUGUUUAUUUGUGUGAUUUAGGCGCUUCAUUGUCAGCUGCUGAACCUGCUGAAUUACAAGAGAUAUUGGAAGAAAUGGAUAUACCCAAACGAUUGAUGCUUUCAUUAUCGUUAUUGAAAAAAGAACUAGAGCUUUCGAAGCUCCAAGCUAAAAUUGGACGUGAAGUAGAAGAGAAGGUAAAACAACAACAUCGCAAGUACAUUCUGCAAGAGCAGCUCAAAGUAAUCAAAAAAGAACUGGGUAUAGAAAAAGAUGACAAAGAUGCCAUUGGAGAAAAAUAUCGUGAGCGUAUAAAAGAUAAGGUCGUACCAAAAGCCGUUGCAGACGUGAUUGAAGAAGAAUUGACAAAAUUGAACUUUCUCGAAAGCCAUAGUUCCGAGUUCAAUGUGACACGAAACUAUUUGGAUUGGCUGACCACUCUUCCAUGGGGCGUGAUGAGUGAGGAAAAUUUGGAUAUUGAUCAAGCAAGCAAAAUUUUGGACGAAGAUCAUUACGGCAUGGAAGACAUCAAAAAACGAAUACUUGAAUUCAUUGCCGUUAGUCAGUUAAAAGGUACAACCCAAGGUAAAAUUUUGUGUUUCCAUGGCCCGCCAGGUGUAGGUAAAACAAGUAUCGCUCGAUCAAUCGCGAAGGCGCUGAAUAGAGAAUAUUUUCGAUUCAGCGUGGGAGGAAUGACGGAUGUAGCAGAAAUAAAAGGUCACAGGCGAACAUACGUGGGCGCAAUGCCUGGCAAGUUGAUACAGUGUUUGAAAAAGACAAAAACUGAAAAUCCUCUAGUCUUAAUUGAUGAAGUGGAUAAAAUUGGAAGAGGAUAUCAAGGAGAUCCCAGCUCAGCAUUGCUAGAACUGCUAGAUCCAGAACAAAAUAUAAAUUUCUUGGACCACUAUCUAGAUGUGCCGGUAGAUUUAUCAAAAAUUUUAUUUAUCUGUACGGCCAACGUGAUUGAUACAAUCCCGGAACCAUUACGUGAUCGAAUGGAAAUGAUUGAUAUGUCGGGCUACGUGGCAGAAGAAAAGCUAGCUAUAGCCAAACAGUACCUUAUUCCACAAGCCAAACGAGACAGUGGCGUGGAAGACAAACACAUAACGAUUACGGAUGACGCGUUGCACUCGUUAAUUAAAAGCUACUGUCGAGAAUCCGGUGUACGUAACUUACAAAAGCACAUAGAGAAAAUAGUGCGAAAAGUAGCCUUCAAGAUCGUACAAAAAGAGGCUUUAUUUACUGAGGUUACAGAUACGAAUUUAAGUGACUUACUAGGCAAACCAAUUUUUACACAUGAUCGAAUGUAUGAUUUAACGCCACCUGGAGUGGUUAUGGGUCUGGCGUGGACAGCAAUGGGUGGUUCAGCGUUGUAUAUAGAAACGGCUAAACGCAAAUUACUGGAUACCACAAGUGGCGACCACAAGGAAUCUGCCGGAGAUGGAUCUUUAGAACUUACUGGUCAUCUGGGAGAUGUUAUGAAAGAAUCCGCUCGGAUAUCAUUAACGGUAGCAAGAAACUUUAUCAAACAAACAGAUAUUUCAAACAAUUUCCUAGAAUCUAAUCACAUACACCUCCAUGUUCCCGAGGGAGCAACUCCGAAAGAUGGUCCUAGUGCUGGUGUGACAAUUGUUACUGCGUUGCUUUCAUUAGCUAAGGGAAAACCUAUUCGCCAAAAUGUAGCAAUGACCGGGGAAAUUUCGCUGAUGGGAAAAGUGUUACCUGUGGGAGGCAUAAAAGAAAAAACAAUCGCAGCAAAACGCAGUGGCGUAAAUUGCAUCAUUUUACCAGACGAAAACAAGAAAGAUUUUACUGAUCUACCCAAAUUUAUUACAGAAGGGCUAGAAGUACACUUCGCUACUACUUAUGCAGAUGUUUACCGCAUUGUGUUUUCGGACGUAUAAUUAUAUUGUUAGAACUAUUGUGCAUAAGUGUGUAAAAAAGUAAAACCAUGCCUGAAUACUAGAUUAAAUCACAUGUUCAAUUAACGA